AUGCUGUGUAGUCUAAGUGGUCAAGUGCCCGUCGAGCCUGUGGUGUCGCUCAAAUCAGGUCAUGUGUUUGAAAAGCGUCUUGUGCUUAAAUAUCUAGAGCAGAAUCAGCACCGCUGUCCCAUCACGGGCGUUGAGCUCAAUAUCGAUCAGGAUUUCCUGACGUUGCAAGCCGCCCCGACGUCCAUAACAGUAAAAUCGACAGCAUCGACGUCUAUGGCUAUCGCACCCGAGGCUUCUAGUAUUCCACAACUUUUAUCUACAUUUCAGAAUGAGUGGGAUGCUGUCAUGCUUGAGACCUUUACACUGAAACAACAUCUGGAACAAACGCGUCAGGAAUUAAGUCACGCAUUGUAUCAACAUGAUGCUGCCUGCCGCGUCAUUGCGCGUCUCAACGCAGAAAAUGCUACGCUCAAGGAACGUCUGACCUCAUUAUCGUCAGGACAGCAGGAAGAUGUAGAAAUGCAUGAUGGCGCUACACUUGCACCUGAAGUGUUGGCCACUAUUGAAGCGAAGCAGAAAGAAUUGGCCAAAAAGCGCAAGGAUUUCAAGAAAAAAGAAGGACCGCAAAAGGCUGCACUCCUCAGUGAUCUAGUUAACUGGCAUAUGGUUUCUAAUCACACACUGCACGAUUCAGACAAGCCUGGUGUCACGUGUAUAGCCAUUGACAAUAAGCGGCCAACAUUAGUGGCUACGGGUGGUGUUGAUAAACAUGCUAAACUCUUUGACACGGACAAACAGCAGGUUGUGGCGACACUUACUGGUCAUAGCAAGAAACUAAGUCAUCUUGAGUUCCAUCCAAUAGCAGAUUUGAUCCUCACAGCUUCAUACGACACGACUGUAAAGCUGUGGACCUUACAAGGAGACGAAUACAGUGUUGCUUACACGCUUGGAAACUUUGAUGAUGCUGUAAUCAGCUCAUCAAUUCAUCCGACAGGCAAUUACGUCUUAUCUGGUUCUAUGGAUGCAACAUGGGCGAUCCACGAUGUCCGUCGUGGUCAAUUGCUCUCUCGCUACACUUUAAACGGCGAGCUGGCCAUGCCUAAUGUAUCAUCAAAUCAGUCUCUAAAAGCAGCGAAUGAGACACGUUGUGUUCGUUUUCAUCCAGACGGUGGUAUCUUUGGCACUGCAGCAAAGAGCAAAUUGGUGCAAAUGUGGGCCGUUAAUACGCUAUCGAACGUGGUGACGUUUGAAGGCCAUGCGGCUCCUGUAACAGCGCUAAGCUUUUCCGAGAAUGGCUACUAUUUAGCGUCCGGUUGUGAAAAUGGUGUUGUCAAGCUUUGGGAUUUGCGCAAGGCUACGAGCUUUUUUGAACUCGACUUGAAAAAGCAUCAGCCCGAACUUAAUUUGGGAGUGAUUCACUCAAUAAACUUUGAUGCCAGUGGUACGCACCUUGCAGUUGCAAGUGCACAGAGUGUGCAAGUGCUAAAGGAAGUAGGCAAGAACCAUUGGGAAGUGAUCAAGACGUUCAACGAUCAUAAAGCGGUUGUUACGGGCGUACAAUUCGCACCGGACUCAAGCUUUCUGGCAUCUACGUCUAUGGAUCGUUCGCUUAAGAUCUAUCGAUAA